AUGAAAAUGGCAGGACAAGAUGUGAGUGUUUUUCCUAAAUGGUCUAUUGUUGAUCCAUGUCAUUCUAUGUCUCUUCCAGACAAUCAAGUUAGAAAUGGAAUUAUUGAUUCAUUUGUUCAUGUUUAUGAACAAUAUAUUGGACAUUAUCAAGAAAAUCCUGUUACUGAUGGUGAAGCAGAAGCAGUUAUGCGUACUCUUAUGAAAGUUGCACCAAUUACUCUUAAAGACCAUUAUGAUUAUCAAGCACGUGCUACUUUUUGUUAUGCUGCUACAGUUGCUUUAAAUUAUUCUCUUGCAUGUGGAGUUGAACAAUGUUGGGGUGCUCAUAUGAUUGGUCAUGAAAUUACUGCCUAUUAUGGUCUUGCUCAUGGUGAAACAUUAGCAAUGACUAUGCCUGGUGUUAUGAGGUUCCACAAAGAAAAGAACGCAAAGAAAUUAAUUCAAAUGGCACAACAAGUCUUUGGUAUUCCUAAUCCUAAACCAGAAGAUGCCAUUACUGCUACUGAAAAUUUCUUUUUAUCUAUUGGUGCUAAGGUUAGACUUUCUCAAUGGGAAAAAGGAAAAGAGUUCUUUGAUCAAAUUGCUCAAAAGUUUGAUUCAAGACCUUGUGGUGUCUAUAAAGACAUUGACUCUAAAGCUUGUCUUACUAUCUUAAAUGAUAUUUACUAA